UGGUGUGUGUGUGUUGGAGGGGGUGCCAGUAACCCCACCCCUGCAGUAUGAAAGACCCUCCUCUCCGGCUCAGGUCCUAGCUCAGUGCAGCAAUGGGGGCUCCAGGGCUGGAGGCCCGUGCUGCUGGACCUAACAAGAAGGGUUGCCUUUUGCUGGCCUCAGUAGGAGCUGCAGUACUGGGGACUCUCCUGCUGUCUGUACCCCUCACUGUCCUGACUAUGUUGGCCCUGAUGCCCCAAGAACAGGGGGAGCAGGUAGCUGACCCUUCUGGUCCAGGAGGACAAUUGCUGCAGCAACUGGGAUUUCAUAAGCUGCCGGUGGAGUCCAGAUCAGAUCUCAGUUCCAUUCCCCCAGCUGCACACCUCAUAGGUGUCUCAAAAUCAGGUCAUGGGCUGCGCUGGGUGUCAGGACAUGAGGAAGCAUUUCUGAAGAGUGGAACACAAUUCUUGGGGGAUGAAGGGCUGCUGGCCCUUCCCCAAGAUGGCAUUUAUUUCCUCUAUUGUCACAUCGGUUACAGAGGCCGAGCUCCCUCUGGUGGAGAACAGUUCCGCUCUCAGCAUCAGGCUGGGGACUUUGGAGUCCCUGUCACCCUCCGCAGUUGGCUAUUUCGAACUGGGGGGGCCUCUGGGUCAGGGGAGCCAGAACUGCUGCUUCAGGGGUCUGAGACUGUGACCCCUCCUAUGCGGGGAGUUGGGCAGGGCACUUUGUGGUAUGCCAGUGUAGGGUUCGGAGGGUUGGCUCAGCUUCGAGGGGGCGAGAGGAUCUAUGUUAAUGUCAGUCACCUUGACAUGGUGGACUUCAGGAGGGGGAAGACAUUUUUUGGGGCUGUAAUGGUGGGAUGAAGGACACCUAGAUCCUAUGGGAAAUGUUCAUUGGUGGGAGUGCCAGUGACUUGGCUGGGGGGGGUGCAGGUAAAGGGUCCCUAGGGGAAGUGAAGGCUAAAUGAGUAGGUCCUAGAGGUAACACUUGGAGGGAGGGAGGGAAGGAGGGAUAGAUGAGAUUGUAAUUGUAUUAGUUUCUUGAACAAGGAACCCAAGAAUAUCUUGUAAGUUUUGCCCUGCCAAUAAAGAUGACUGUUGUUUCUUUUGCCCUGUC